AUGCAUUCUUCACCCAUAAUUCCCUCAAGAGAAUACGAAAAUAAUAAUAAUAACAAUAAUAAUAACAAUAACAAUAACAAUAAUACCUCUUUAAAAACACCACAACCAACACAAAUGAGCCAACAACAACAACCACCACCACAAGAUGAAAACAAUAUCUCAAAAACCAAUAAAUUGUUAAGUUUAAGAGAAAUGGUAUUAAAAACCAAAGGGAGAGUUAGAAAAAAUGCCAAUGGAGAAGAAACUGAAGAUGGUGAAAUAUUUGAACCAGUUAUAACCCCUUCAAAUAAUACUAAUCUAAAUACAAAUAACUAUAAUAAUAAUAAUAAUAAUAACAAUUAUAAUAAUAGUAAUAUAAAUAGCUUUAAUAAUAAUAAUAAUAAUAAUAACUACAAUGGAAAUAAUAUAACUUUUUUUCAGAGAGAGAGUGAGGUUCAAGAUAUGGAUAUCGAGGGACCAAAUUUAAUUGACCAAACAAAUAGAUCCUUAAGUAAUAGUAAUAAUAAUUUUAAUAGUUUUAAUAAUUUUAAUAAUAAUAAUAAUAGUAAUAGUUUUAUGAUGAAUAAUAGAAAUAAUAGUAUUAAUAAUCUACCCCUUGGUAUGAGCAAUAACCUUAAUAAUAAUAAUAAUAAUAAUAACAACAAUAAUAAUAGCUUUAUGAAUAACAAUUUUUCGAAUGAUUCCUUUAUUCCUAAUAAUCCACUUUUUUCAAGACAAUCAACACAACCAAUUAAAUAUAUGAAUAAUAGUAAUGGCGGUAUUGGUUUUGUAAAUAAUAAUAUUAAUAAUCAACCCCCAACCCAACAAAAUCUAUACCAACAACCACAACAACCUCCACAACCUCCACCACCAAGUUUUUUACCAUAUAUAUCACAACCAUCAUUUCAUCCAUCAUAUCAACAACUACCUCCACCACCACCACCUCCAUCACCUCCACCACCCCCACCACCACAACAAAACUAUUCCCCUAUCUCUUUUCAAUUUCAACCAAUCCAAACUCAUUCACACCCACAAAUACCAAAUAUAAUACAACAACAACAACAACAACAACAACAACAACAACAACAACAACAACAACAACAACAACAACAACAACAACAACAACAACAACAACAACAACAACAACAACAUCAACAACAACAACAACAACCAAUUAGUAACAUUGUUAAAAGUUUGGAAAUUAGUCCAAAGAAGACAUCAAGAGAUGAUAAUAAUAAUAAUAAUGAUGAUACAGAAUCAACAGGUAUACUGCAAUCACUUUGGAAUAAGAAUAAAACACAUAAACAACAAAAGAAAUUGAAAAAAUUACAAAUGAAGCAACAACAGCAAUCACUUCAACAACAACUUUUAGAACAACAAAAACAAGAACAAGAGGCACAAAAACAAACUCAAAUUCAACUUCAAUUACAAAAACAACAAUUACAAUUACAACUUCAACAACAAUUACAAAUCCAACAACAAUUAUCAAUCACCUCUACUACCACCACCACCACUACUACAAUACCAACAACACAAAUACAAACACAAACACAAAUAACAAAAUUACCUUCUUCUCAUCAAACUCAUCAACAUACUAAAAAGAGACCAUACUCUGAUCCAUCACUUGUAAUUAGAUUUGACGAUAGUGAUUCUGAUGACAAUGAUGAAGAUGGUGAAACGACUGAGGAUGAUGAUAUUGAUACAGAUCAAUUAAUUGAUCAAUUGGCAGGUAAACAAUCAACAGAGUUAGAACGUCUAAAAAAAGAAAUUGCUAAUAAAGAAGAAGCAAACUUAAGAAAGAAAUUAGAACAAGCUUUUAAACUUAAAUCAAAUAGUAAUUCACCAAUAAAUACAACACCAAAUACCAAUGUAAAUAAUAAUAAUAAUCCAACAACAACAACAACAACAACAUCAACAACAACAACAUCCACUGUAUCUACAUCAACAACACCAACAAUUAAAAUCCCACCAGAAGUUGAAAUUAUUCAACAAAAACAAAUAGAAAUUAAACAAUUAGAAGAUAAAGUUGAAGAGACUAAUAAAAGUGUUGAGGAAACUAAAGUUAAAUAUGAGUUAAUUAAAAAUGAGAAAUCAUUAGUAGAGGAGAAGAAUCAAGCACUAUUAUUAAAAGUAAUUGAAGUAAAGAAACAAUUAUUACAAUUAGAGAACCAAUAUAAAGAAGAAUCCGAGAAAUUUGAUCAAAUUAAUAAUGAUUACAAUUUAACCAAAAAAAGUUUUCAAGAAUUUUCUUCAAUUAAUACCAACACAAAGAAUACUUUGGACAUUAAAAAAAGAAUUUUAAAUGAAUUAAUAGAAAAUUAUAAAAUUAAAAAUAUUAAUAUAAAUAUAAUUGAUAAUAAUAAUACUAAUAAGAGUAGUAAUGAUGAUAAUAAUAAUGAUGAUAAUAAUAAUAAUAACAAUAAUAAUAAUAAUGAUAAUGUUAAUAAUAAUAGUAGUGGUAGUAGAUCAAUAUCACCUACAAAUAGAACAUCUGUUAGUCCACUUCCAAAAUCAAUAGGUUCACCUCUUAAUUUAAUCUCUGAUGAAAAUAUUGAUGCUGAUGAUAGUACAGAUAAGAAUAAAUCUAAUAGUCAGCGUAAUAGUAGUAGUGGUAGUAAAAACUCUCAGAAUAAUGAUAAUAAUAACAAUAAUAAUAAUAAUAAUAAUAAUAAUAAUAAUAAUAAUAAUAAUAAUUUUGGUGGUAGUAACAAAGAUGGGAAUGAUGGAAAUGAUGAUGAUGAGGAUAAAAAGAGGAGGCUAAAUAAAAAAUCAAAAACUAAUGAUAAAGUUAUUGAAAGUGAAAAGGAGGAAGAAGAAAGAAGAAAGAGGCAAAAUGAUGAAAAGAGACUUAGAGGUUAUAUGAAACAAUUAUUUCAACAAAAGCAACAAUUCAAUCCAACCGAACGAAAAGAACUUGAAUCACUUGCGUCAAAAAAUAAAGAUAUCCUCGACAAUCGAAUAAUGCAAACAAUUGGUGUAAUUCAGUAUCCACCACCACAACCUCCAUCAUUUUCAAAUAAAUUAAUAUCAAUUCCAAAAUCAUCUGUUAUUCCACGACCAGAGUUUACAUUACCAGGAGAGUUAAGGGCAUAUUUAGAAUCUGUUAAACUUCUUUGGGAUCAAAUUUAUUUAAAAGUUGAUGGUGAUGAUGAUGAAAAUGAUAAAUUUAAUGAUUUUAUUGAAACUGUUAAUGAUGUAACAUUUUUUAAUCCAAUAUUAUCAAGUUCAUUAUUUAAAACUUUAAAUCAAAAUAAAAAAAAUAAUAAUGGUCGUGAUGGUGAGGAAAGAAUGACUAUUGAUGGUUUUGAUGAUUAUUUGUCUUCAUCAGUAAAGAAAACAGCUACAUCAACAAUUGGUAUACCAACACCAACAACUUUAUCAUCAAAAUCAAAUAAUAAAUAUAUAUCACCAUUAUUAUCAUUAAGAUCAUAUAGAUUUAGUCCAAAUUAUACAAAGUUUGGUGGUACUGAACCAAAUAUUCAAUCAAAUAAUUACUCAUUGAAAAUCAAUCCAUUUAUAAAGUUUUGUCAGUAUGAAAUUGAUGGUAUUUGCAAAGAUGUAGAUUGCAAAUUUCAACACCUUAGAGAUUAUGAAAGAUCACCUUUAGAAGUGAUUCAAGAUUUGUUAAGCUAUGAUUUAAAAGAUAAAAAAACUCAAUUAGAAUUUUUAAAUCAAAUCAAAUUAUAUAUUGAUAAAAUACCAUUACAACAAUUAAUUAAAACUACAAUUGAUUUUGUUAAUAAAAGAAAUCAAACUAUAAAAGAUAAAGAUGAUAAUAAUAAUAAUAAUAAUGAAAAUAAUAAUAAUAUUAAUAAUAAUUCAAUCUAUUUUAAUUUACCAGAAGAAAGAGAAGAACAACUUGAAAAAAGAUUUUUAAAUUAUGAAUUAUUAUUAAUUGAACAACAAAAAGAAUCAUCACAAAAAGUAUUUCAAGAGAAAAAAGAAAAUAAAUUCACAAAAAGACAAAAUAUACUUUUUCAACAAAUAUUGGAUCAAAAAAAUCCAACAAAGAAAUUUGAAGAUGUAGAAUUAAAAGAUUUAGUUAAAAAAUAUGAUACUGAGGAUUUCCUUUAUCUUGAAAAUACCCAAGAAAUUGAUAGACCAAAUACAUUUUUAACUGAUGGUGGUAUCGCAAAUAAUCCUUCAAAAAAAAAAAAAAAAUCAAAAUCAAAAUCAAAAGAUUUAGUAAAAGAUGAAGAAAUGAACGAUAAAAAUGAAGAGUCAACUAAUACUUCAACAACAACAACAACAUCAACAUCAACAUCAUCACCAACAACAACACCAAUAUCAACAUCAACAUCAACAACAUCUUCAUCAAUUGAAGAAAUUGAAAUGAAUGAAAAGCAACAUAGUAGUUUUAGUUAUAGAAAUGAUUCAACAAGUUUAAUUACACAAGAUGAAUUUUUACAAGACCCAACUAAUCAACUAUUAUGUUUCUCUUAUAUUAAUUCAAAAACCAAUCAAUUGAAUAAUAUAUUAUUGGAUGAAAUUAAUAGAAGUGAUAUUUUACAUGCUCUUAGAGAUAUAGUUCAUUAUAAUCCAAAGUCUGAAUUAUUUUGGAAAAUCUAUAUUGAAGAAUUUCAAUUAAAAUUUGAAGGUUCACUUAAAGAGAUUGAAGAAUUAAUUGAUUGUGCAAUUAGUUGUUGUAAUUCAAUUCUAUUCUAUCAAAUGAAAGAGAGAUUAUCAAGUAGAUUAGAUAAAAAGAUUUCAAUUUGCCUAAAAGCAAUCAAUGAUUUAUUAAAUGAUAAUAUCAUUGGUGGUGGUGGUAGUAGUGGUAGUACUGAAAAUCAAUUUAAUUUAACAGAAAAAGAGAAAUCAUUUUGGAUAUUAGAAUUUAUAUUAUGUUAUUUACGCUCAAAAGUUGAAGCAGGACAUCGUGAUGAAUGUUUACUUGAUUUAUCAAACUUUUUUAAUUAUCAUAACAAAUCUCAACAACAACAACAACAACAACAACAACAACAACAACAACAACAACAACAACAACAACAACAACAACAACAACAACAACAACAACAACAACAACAACAUCAACAACAACAAAGUAAAUCAAGAUUUUUACAAUUAUUUUCAAAUGAUAUGAAUGAUGCUAUAAAAGGAUCAUUGUUGAAUGAUGAAUUACAAAUUUUAGCAUUGGUUUAUAUUUCAAUUCAUAUAUUUAAUAAGGUGCCUUUAACAAGUGAACUUUAUCAGAAUAUAAAUGGUUCAAAUGGUACAAUUGGUAGUGGUAGUAAUACAACUCAUGAUAAUUUCUCAAUAAAAGUUUUAAUAUUGGAUUGGGAUUCACAUUUCAUUAGUCGAACUAGUUAUUUAUCAAAUAAAAAAGAUUAUAAUAAUAAUGAUGAAAUUGGUAUCAAUAGAAUAUGGGAUCUUUUCAUCAUAUCAUUAUUUGAUUCAAAUCAAUUGUCAGAAUCAAUUAAAGCAAAUUAUUUAAUUUUCAAGAAUGCCAAUAACAUUGAUAGUUUAGAAACGUUCAAAUAUGAUCAUCAAAUAUUACCAUCACCAAUUAAUAUUUCAACAAUCUUACAAAAGUAUAAUAAUCCAUUAGAAAUUUUUAAUUUAUUAUCAAAAAAUAAUAAUGAAGAAAGCUUUUGUAAUAUUCAUCAAUUUUUAAAAUAUACUGGUAAUUCAAAAUCAAAACAAGAAAAAAUUGAAAUCAUUGAACAAUUUAUUCUUUCAAUUUUCACGGGAACAACAACAAAGAAAGUGUUACCAUCUGUUGAUGUUUUGUUUAACGUUUUAUUAAAAAGAGAAAGAAAUUAUGCAAUAGAAUAUGAUCAAUUAUCACAUAAAAUUAUAUUAAAAGAAGAUUUAGUAUAUUGUUGGAUUUUAUUUAGUUAUUAUGAAUUUUUAAAUGGUAGAACUAUUAGUAGUAGAGAUGUAUUAAAAGAUUCAUUAAAGAUAUUAAGUAGAUUAAAUCAAAUCGAAAGAAAAUUAAUAUGGACUGAACUAUUGGAAUUGUUAGAGUUAAUUGGUCAAUUGGAUAUAGAUGAUUUUAUUGAUAGUUUUUUCGAGGACAUUUCAUAUGAAUUCAAUUAUCCAUUGGUUAGUUAUCAUUCAUCAAUACCUUAUGAAACUCCAAAUUUCCUUUUAUUAGCUUUAAAACCACCAACCGAUAAAGAUUAUUCAACUCAUAAUUUAAUAUUUUCAAAAUAUUUACAAUUAAAAAAUUUUAACAAAUUUUUAUUAAAAACUUUAGCUUUCAAAUUUCCUGAUAAUAGUUUUAUUUUUAAAAAUUUUAUUAGGUCAUUAAAUAUUAGUAUAGAUUCUCCAACAAAUUUUGAAUCAAUUAAAAGAGUUUUAAAAUCAAUUAAACCAAAGAGAAAUAUACCAUUCAGUAUUUGGAAAUUGAUUUGUUUUUUUUUUUUUUUAGAUUUUUUUUUUUUGUUUUUGGAUUUUAGGACACUUUUAGCAGCAAAAAGAUUUAAAAUUCCACCAGAACAAAUAUCAAAGAUUGAAUUGAAUAUACUCAAUUAUCAUCCGUUCAACUUUGAAAUUUGUAUAGAUUGGUUAACUCAAUGGUCAAAAUAUGAUCCGUUGUUUCAAUCUGAAAAAUUCAAACGAGUUAUAGAUAAAUUAUAUAAUAUUGGCAUUAAUAUACCUUUUAUAACUCCUUCAAGACCAAAACCUUCAGGAUUUGUAUUAGUGGAUGAAAAAGAAUUGGAAAAAGCAGAAAUAGAGAAAAAAAAAUCAACUUCAACACCAGCAAUAACAACAACACCAACGACAACAACAGCAACAUUAACACCAACAACUCCACCACCAACAUCACCAAAGACACCAACAAAUGAAAGUGAUGUUGAAAUGAUAGAUUUAACUGGCCAGUCAAAGCAACAGUCCAAAAAAUAA